AUGUUAGCGAUCGCCUUCGCGGCAUCUCUCACCGCGGCUUUACGCCUCAUCGGGGAUUGGAUUUUCUUUUGUGUUACGCGCCUGACGCAUUCUCAGCACAAUCACCUCAUUCAUGCAUUGAUGGGGAAUGGCACUCAGCCGGAUGCAGUCUUUCAGUUUUUCUCGCAUUUUGUCGGCAGCAACGGCCUGAUCGGCGGUGAUAUGAACGGGAGGGCUCGCCUGGAAUGCGGGAGGCUGAUUGGCGAGUUCGUGGAAAUAGUCGGGCUCACGAGCCAGAGAGGCCGGGCCCUCAAUGGGCGGCUUGGGUGGGUGGCCGGCCACGCGCCUAACGGCAGGGUCGCGGUCGAGGUCCGCCGUGAUGAUUCACGUACUCACCCCAAGGACGAUGACUACGAGCCCGAGGCCAUCGCCUUGGAUCCCGUCGACGUCGUCUGGUUCGACUAUGGCCCCACGCCCGAGACUCUUGCUGCUUUCGACAUGGAUGAGCUCUACGGGUACAGGCCGGAACGCUGGACGCAUCUCCAGCCGUGGCCCCAGGUGGAUUCCGCCGCGGAGCGCGAGCACGACAUCCUCGAGGCGGAAUCGGUCAUGGCUGAUCGCUGGUGCGGCAAGGCCGAGGAGGAGGAAGAGGAGGGCGAGUCCGUGGACGAGGCGGAGGCCUUGGACUACUUGGACGAGAGCCCCAUUGCAGGCGCAGCCGCGUCUAGCUCAGGAGGCCCAGGUGCCGGCUCAGCUUCCCAGCCUGCCGCUGCGAAGCCUUCCGAGGCCUGCUCGUCUACCGCCCCGCCCGACACCGACAUGCCUGCCUGCCCCUGCGAGGUGGUCUGCAUCCGCUACUUCUCGAAAGGUGGCUGUAAAGCGGGAGGGCGGUGCCAACGGUGCCAUGACGAAUCCCAUCGCGGGACGCCGCAGGCUAAGUCCAAGCGGCGUCAGAGGUGA